AUGGCUGCAGCUUCACUGACUAACAUACCAGAAUGCUCCAUUUGUUGUGAAGAUUUCAAAACACCUAAAUUUUUACCAUGUGGACACACUUUUUGUCUAGAUUGCAUAGAACGCUAUAUUGGUGAUAAGAUAGAGACAUUCCAUUGUCCAUUGUGUGGACAGGAUGUCACUAUACCAGUAGGUGGUGCUAAGAUGUUUACUACCAACUAUAUAGCUCAAACAGUUUCAACACAACGGCCUAGCUCAACAACAUCAACUGAUACAACAUCAGUCAUAGGUGAAACAACAUCACCUGAUAAAACAGAAGUUGUUGGUGAAGCUACUUCACACGAUACACACAACAACCUGGUUUAA